GCUUCUAUGCAACAAUGUACGUUACACGCUUGUUUGCAAUUUUCACUAUACGUUCCCGUUUUUUCUCCGUUCUUGGUUCGAUUGUAUUGUUAUUAGCAUUAAAACUCACGCAGGGCAGGCAGGCAGUAACUGUAGAUAGCGCUUUAAAAAUGGAUAAUAUUGAAGCUUUAUUGGAGAAGCAAGUAUGCUUGAUUCAACGAAUGGAAACAUUUUUCGAGCUUCAGGCAUGUAAGCCGGAUAUUGUUCCCGAUGUCAACGAACUCAACGCACAGUUACUCCACUCAAAAAAUGGAUUUGACCAGGCAAAACAUUCUUUAACCAAAUUUCGCCAACAGCUUGCUACUAAAUAUGUAGAAGUCAUUAGAAAAAUGCAACGGAAUCAGCUACUUAUAAUUGACUUGAUGGAGAAGGUGGGUGAGAAGGAAAAUAUAAAACACGUCCUGCAGGAACAGAACGGACAAAUGAAACCAAUCGGAUCCACCAAAACAGCAACGACAGAUAAGAUGUUAUUGUCCGAAUAUCAGAAAUCGCCAUUCGUGGCGAAAAUGAAGCCUCGAUGCCUUUCGUUUCUGGAUUUCAACUUCAAUAUCAAUCACGAAGAGUUUGAACAAAUUCCUAAGUAUAUGCGAGGCCGAGAGAACCUGGACGAACUGAUGGCAUUCAUGCAAACGGUUAUUGUUCCAUGCUUUGAGGAAAAGUAUACCUUGCUGUACAAGAAUAAGAAGGCGGUGACCAACCAGCAGGAUCUGGCGCUAUGGAAGAUUUUCAAUCAACAGCAAACGGCAUUCCCAAACAUAAAAUUUGUCACCCAAGGAGACAUCGCCCGAAAGAUGGGACGAUUGAUCGAUAAAAAGAUCAACGUCAAGUUGCAGAUGUUGCGCCAUUUACACAUUCUCCAGGAAACCAGGAAUGAGGGUACCGUCUAUUAUCUUUGGUGUCGCGAUUGUUGAUUGAACUUCUCAUACCAUGCUUUCGUUAAUUCCGUUUGUUUUCUUAAGGUUGUAUAAAUAUAUGUUUAUUUUAUUCUAUGACACUGCCCCGAAUGUCACCCCAAUAUUUUUUUUACACGGUUGGUAUUCUUUAAUUUCCCGGUCAACCUGAUUUUUCACAGCUUUUUAAAUACCACCUGAAUUUUCUUUGAUUUUUUGUGAAUUUUUUCAUGGGGUUAACUCAUAGUUUCAUCAACGCUGAAGGUCGUAAUCAACUAAAACCCACCCGUGUAAAAAAAGAACCGGGUGUAACCCGAACGCCAGUACCCCGAAAGGAUAUUGUCCCGAAUAACUUAUUAUCCCGAAUGGUCACUACCCCGAAUUUGUCAAAAAAAAUAAAAUAAAAAAAACGUACUCACUUUUUCCCUCACUUUUAGAUUGCGUUUCAAUAAUAAAGUUGAAAAUAGAAACUAAUCAGUCGAAAAUAACAUUUCGAUCGUGUGACUUUAAUUUGCCACCAAAAUCUAUGCAACAUAUUUCAAAAAAUCCAAAAUAAUUUAAAGAAAAAUCACAUGGUAAUUAAUAUGCAUUGAUAUUUCUCUCUUACUUUUCAAAUUAUCCAAGCUAGGCCUCAAUCCCAGGUUAAUAAAAUGGAUUGAAUCAUAUUUGACUGGCAGAACCCAGAGAGUAAGAUUUGAUGGAUGUUUGUCAAAACAAGUUAAGGUUACAUCUGGAGUACCACAAGGAUCCCACCUUGGUCCAUUGUUAUUCAUCUUAUUCGUCAACGAUGUGAAUCAUGUUUUGAAUUACCUGAAUGUUUCAAUU